AAACAACAAGGCUGUGUAUUUUAAGCUUGCAUCAUCAAUGGUUGAACGAGCAUCAUGUUAUAUGCUGUUGUAUAGGGUUGAAACUACACGCUAAAUGUCAAUGUGAAAUGGUGGAUGUAGUUUCCAUCUGAAAAGGAGUGCCUGGGAUAAUUUAACACACAUUUUUUUUGACAUUGGUAUCAAAUGCAGCUUGACCUUUGACCUGACCUUGAGUUACCAUGGCAGCAGAGGAUGAGGUCAAGUUGGAGAUGCUAAAGGAUGAAGAUGAAGCUGAUGUAAAAAAGAAGGCCGAAUUAGCCGAGUCAUCGAAGCAAGAUGACUGGAGCAAUGGUCGUCUAGUUGACAAGCAUCAAUACAAUUCUACCGGAAGUUUAGUUUUUACAGAUCCAUAUAGUGUUGAUGAUGGGCGUGGCUCAGUGUCAGCAGAUCCCAUGGGUGAUCCUUCAGUCCCAAGAGUUAAAAAGAAGGGUAGGAAUUUAUUUUUCACGGAUAAAGAGAGCCGUAUAGAUUAUGUUCUGGCGUGGGAAGUACCGACGAAGGAGACCGAACAAACUCAGAAGGCUAUGAAAGCUCGGGAAAUGUUCGAAGCCAAUCUGAUUGAAGAGGGUCUGAAACUAGAGUAUGAUAAUUCUGAUGAUGAGGUUCAUUUUGUGAAAGUUCACGCCCCUUGGGAGGUCCUCACUCGAUAUGGAGAAAUCCUGAAGAUGAAGUUGAAAAUGAAGAAGAGUUUGGCCACAGAGACUAUAAGAAAGAAGUAUUCAAAAUGGGAGGAGACAGUGGAUAUGGAGCCAAAUGUUUUCUACAGAGCAGAGCCCCCAGCUUGUGAUAAAAUUUUGAAUCCUGUGAAAGCUGUAAGCACGACCCUGUGGAACUCGAUCCUAUCUCUGACCAAAAUUGCCACAAAACCUUUCCAGCUUGAUGAUACUAUUUUCCCGAAGAUUAAGAAAGAUGCAACACUCACUUUUACAAGAGAUCGGGAAUAUUUGUUUGACAUACCAGAACAAAAGGAGUUAUUCUUCACAAGUCCAGAACGUUCACGAAUCGUUGAUUUCAUUCUGAGAAGAAAACCCUUCGGUGAAGACAAGCAAGAAGCAUAUACUUUCGGUAUAAAGAAGAUGUUAGCUGAUGGUUACUAUAGUGCUGCCUACCCAUUACAUGAGGGUCACUGGAAAGCAGGAUCGGCUUCAAAUCCUCGAAAAAUCUUGUAUGAGAACUGGGCCUACUGGAGAAAAUUCUUCAAAGUGCAGCCUUUGGAGUAUAUUCGGAAUUACUAUGGCUCACAGAUUGGAUUGUAUUUUGCAUGGCUCGGGUUUUAUACAAGAUGGCUGGUUUUUCCUUCUAUACUUGGCUUUAUCAUAUUUAUAUAUGGUGUCGUAUACAUGGAUGAAAGUUACCCUAGCAAAGAGAUAUGUGACGAGUCAUUAAACAUUACGAUGUGUCCGCUCUGUGACUACCAGUGUCCAUACUGGAAACUCAACAGUAGCUGCCACGAUUCAGAGUACAGUAGAAUGUUUGACAAUAAUGGGACUGUGUUCUUUGCCGUGUUCAUGUCCCUGUGGGGUACUUUAUUCCUGGAGUUUUGGAAAAGAAAACAGGCAGUGAUUCAGUAUAAUUGGGACUUGGUGGACUUUGUCAAAGAAGAGGAACCACCACGCCCAGAGUAUCUUGCCAAGCUUGCCAACUACCCAAGAAUGAAGGAGAAUCCUAUCACAGGCAUGAAAGAACCACAUUUACCUUUCUGGCGACGUAUUCCUAUAUACAUGCUCUCAUACGGUUUUAUGCUGUUCACGAUGUGUAUAGCCAUUGGUGGUGUGGUUGGUGUGAUAGCAUACAGAAUCUCUGUGUUAGCUUCAUUACAAUUGUUGGAAAAGAUAGUCCCAGGGAUAACUCGACCCUCGGUGAAACAAAAACAUGUUAUAACAACAAAUGCUGGAAUAAUCACUACAAUCACGGCAGCCUGUAUCAACUUGUUUAUUAUCAUUAUACUCAACAUAGUAUACUCACGAGUGGCUGUAUGGUUGACAGAUUUCGAGUGUUUAAGGACACAAGGAGAAUAUGAUGACAGUAUCAACAUUAAGUUGUUUGCCCUACAGUUUGUCAACUAUUACUCUUCAAUCAUCUACAUUGCCUUCUUUAAAGGAAGGUUGGUUGGUAGACCUGGAGCUUACAAUGAAGCAUUUGGUGGAAGACAAGAGGAGUGUGGUUCCGCAGGAUGUUUGAUAGAGCUAUGUAUACAGCUGGCGAUCAUUAUGGCAGGAAAACAAAUUAUACAGAAUAACCUUCUCGAGAUAUUCCUUCCGAAAGGUAUCAAGUUUUUAAAGAGGUGCUAUAGGAAACGGAUCCUGAAGGAAACUGCCGAACAAAAAGCGAAGCUGUCUGCCUGGAUGAAAGAUUAUCAGCUGUCAGAACACACUUCACUGUAUCAUGAGUACCUAGAAAUGGUGCUACAGUUUGGAUUUCUGACAAUAUUUGUGGCGGCAUUCCCGCUUGGACCACUCUGCUGUCUACUUAACAACAUGAUAGAGAUCCGCUUUGAUGCUCUGAAGUUUACCACCGAUCUCCGACGACCUCUAGGAGAACGUGCUGGUGAUAUUGGUAUUUGGUAUGAAAUAUUGUACGCAAUUUCUAGAUUGGCAAUAGUUUCCAAUGCAUUCAUCAUAGCCUUGACAUCAGACUUUAUUCCACGGCUUGUUUAUGUGUACUAUUAUAGUGAAACUAAUGAUAUGAGGGGAUACACAAAUUGGACACUAUCUACCUUCAAAACCUCAGACUUUCAGUCUGAUAAAGAAUACUUUAAUACAGAAGUCAGUGAUGUCGAUUUUUGCAGGUACAGAGAUUUCAGGAAUCCACCUGGACCGGAUGAGUACGAGUAUUCCCAGAGUCACUGGCACGUUCUUGCUGCAAGAUUUGCUUUUGUUGUUGUUUUUGAGAACUUUGUGGUUGUGAUCACCAGUCUUAUUGCCUACCUGAUCCCAGAUAUUCCCGCCAAGGUGAAGAAACAGAUCAGACGUGCCGCAUACAUUUCAAAUGAAAUUGUUAUUAAAGCCGAACUUGAAAUGGCGAAAAAGGCACGUGAGGAGGUAGACAUUGCCAAUGUUAUAGGCACAUUUGCUGCUAAAGUGAAGAAAAAUGACACAAGUAACGGGUCUGGGUUGCGGAAACGUAUCGACGAAAAGGGCGAUCCUGACACUAAAGUUGACAUUGAUGAUGUAUCUGUAUCUAACAUUUAGCAGGAAGAUUUUUCAGUGAGAAUUUACCUAAUGAUUUCUGUAUGGUAUAGAAAGCCCCUGCCAUUUGAAGUGGAUCUAACCAAGUUAGACAAGUGUGUUUCUUACCGUCCUUUUCUUAGCCAGGUUUCUGAAAGUAAUAUGCCAAAUGUAUUUGUAGUAU